AGUAAACCCUAAGGAGUUAUUUUUCUCCAUUUCUCAACUAGACAUCACCACCAAGUCACGUAGCCAAACUCCUUCACCAUCCCCACAACCAUAUUUCUUUUCUUUUCUCCUCCCUCUCCAUCCUGCCGCACUAAAUUUUCGUUCUCCUUCAACCUCAAGAGUAUCUAAUUGGGCGCUACUCUUACAAUUGGAAUGAUGGCAAAAUCAUUAUCAAACUUACUCUUCAAGGGCUUGGCAGGUCUGCCUGCUACUCGCACUAGCAGAAUAGUGGUGCCUGGGUUAAAUUAUCAGCAUGGAAUGAGAUACUCAACGACAGUACCCAAUGAACCUGAUACCCAUGACGAUUUCAAACCUACUAAUAAACUUGAGAAUUCUGGCCUUUCUUUGAGGGAUGUUGUGGAACAGGAUGUACGACAAAAUCCUGUGAUGAUCUACAUGAAAGGGGUGCCGGAUGUUCCUCAAUGUGGAUUUAGUGCUCUUGCUGUUAGAGUGUUGAAGUUAUAUAAUGUACCUUUGAGUGCUAGAAAUAUCUUGGAAGACGCUGAACUUAAAAGUGCCGUGAAAUCCUUCAGUAUUUUGGAUGGCAGCCAUUGGCCAACAUUUCCACAGAUAUUCAUAAAAGGAGAGUUUAUUGGAGGAUCUGAUAUCAUACUCAAUCUGCAUCAGUCUGGAGAAUUGAAGGAAAAGCUCAACGAUAUUGCAGCCAAUCAGAAGACUGAAUAAGUUCUAUGAAGAUAUGAUUAAACCCAUUUUUUCUUCUUUUUUUGUUUCAACUUGUGAGAAGAUGAGGCUGAAGAUUAUUUAUGUUUGUUAUUAGCCAAACCUCUUUUCCUAUCUCCAGAGGGUUUGUAGUCGAUCAUUUCACCUCUCUUUUUUUCUUCUUUUCUUUUUAAUGUCACAUAUAUUCUCUAAUAAAUGUGACCUACACUUACCACUGUUAUUUUACCUCUUUUCUCUUGGUGCUACCAUUGCUUGCUUUUACCAACAUUUUAGGACAUUGCUUGAAA